AUGCAUAACCCUAGUGUGAACAUCACUACACCUGAGGCAUCUACAAUCUUUACAAAUGGGUCAAUGACACUUAGUGAUAUUUUGAAAAUUUUUCUUUGCAGCAUCAAUGUCCUGUUUGGUGUUCCCACAAACUCCUAUGUUAUUUGGCUUAUCGUCACAGGAACAGAAAGUUCAAUUAUAUCGAGAUUUUUCAACCUCAAUCUUUCAGUUUGUGAGAUCGGUAACUGUCUGAAUUCGUUCCUUUUUAUUCUGUUAUUUUUGUCAUCAAGUCUCACACCAGUAUCCAAUUUUUUUCAAGGACUGGGCAUCACCGGUCGUCCUCUGUUUCAGUGUUUGAUCUCUGUUGAGCGUUACCUGGCGGUGGUUCAUCCUGUAAUCUUUCUGAAGUACAAACCUCUCAGAUAUAGAGUCAUGUUCUCCACCGGUGCCUGGAUCAUUUGUCUUGUUUCUUGUUUUUGCUGCAUCUUUAUUUUGGUCUCAUUUGACUUCUGUUUUUUCACAUUGUUCUUUUUGGUUCAGUACCUCGUCUUCCUCUCCAUCCAGUUGUUUUGCCUUACGGCUGUUCUCAGAGCUCUGAAGCAGUCAGGACCAGGAGAGAGAGGGAGAGAGAGAGAGGAGGAAAACCACAUGAAGAGAAGAGCGUUUCAUCUCAUUCUAAUAACUACUGUAAGCACACUUAUCACAUACGGCCCAUUUACUAUUGCAGGAAUCAUUAGCAUUGUGCCAAACACUCAUAUGGAUCUUAUGACAGUUUGGGUUUCAGCUUUGAUCUGUUAUUUGCUGGCUGGUUUUGUUCAGCCUGUUCUUUUUCUGCAGAGAGCUGGAAAACUCUCCUGCCUCUGCUGCUCUGCAUAA